GAUUUGUAGAUGUCAAGAUGUGUGCAGUUGUUGCUACAAUAUUUCUUUGAUAAUUUAACGCACGGUAUACCAUUGCUAAUAAUUAUGCCAGUAAAAAUAGAAUUUUUUAAUAAAAUAGACUUAGUAUAUUUAAUUAAUGAUUUGUUAAUAAAAAUUAUUUUGAUUAACUUUUGAUUAAUAGAAGUAUUAAAUACUAUAUAUAAAAGAAACUUAAGAUUGCAAUAUAUGACUCAUUUCUGAAUUUAAAAUAUAUGUGAAUAUAUUAUAUAUAUAUAUUGACUUUAAUAUACAAUAUUUUCUAGUUUUUAUUUUAACAUAGAUUUUUUAAUACAGAAUCAAAUUGGAAGAUUAUUGUUACAACUUUUUAAUAAUUAAAUCUUGAAUUAAAAUUUUUAGAAAGCAAGUUUAGUCGAACUUAAAUGAUGCAGUGUAUUUUACAGUGUAUGAUGCUUAAGUGUAUUUUGUUAUUUAAUUGCAGUUUCAAAGAGUGUGCGAAAAAAUUUUAUUUUUGUCUGAAUAUUUAAAAUUUUGAGCAAACUCACACUAAUAGCAAAAUAAAAAUCAAGUAUUUUUUUCAUGUACUUCUAAAGUUUUGAGUGGAACCCCUUAAGUCUUUUUAUUUACAUAUUUUUUGUUUUUCAGCUCUUGAAUCAUAUAACAUCAUCUCCAAUCAUCAAUAUCUCUUAUUAAUUGUAAAAUUGUUAUUUUCUUUACUUAUAACGCGGGAAAAGAGGAGUCGAACUGUUUGUCAGGAGUAUGAAAUCAGGUCAUGACUUUCGGAACACCUCAUAUUAGGAGGAGCUUAAGAAAUCCGUUCUUUUUUAAUUCAUAGGACAUUGAGAGAGACAUUUAUAACGGGCGUCAGCAAAAUCCACGAGUGUUAGUGGCAUUGUCGGAGAGCCGACGAUAUACACAUAAGGACACUUAUACACGUAUACGCGUACUAAGGGAGACAGGCGCAAUACAUAGAGUAUGCCACGAGCGCGCUCGUGUGGACCACGGGAUGCCACAGGGGUGAAAUUUAAAGGGAGGGGCUGCUCUCGCGAAAAUGGCCGUUACGCACGGAGUAGAUCGUCCGGGGGUGGACGAGUGACGGGGCGGCUCAUCGUCCUCCGUGCCCUCCGUGCCAAUUGACCGAGUGCCUCGCGACGAUUGACACGGUUUGCCCGAUCGACGGCUAUUAUGCGGUGGUGGCCGAAAAGCGAUCCCUGCUUUGCUCUUCUUAAACCCCCACCAGACGCGCGACCUUCUAUCCCUUCCGUCAAGAGGUAAGGUCGUCUCUGUUUUGUGCAUCCGCGUAACGCGCGUACGAAUUACAAUUUUUAGAAUAUGACUUAGAAUCUCUCCCCUCCGAAGUGAGUGCACAACGUAACGCGAGAUUAUGUGCCCGUUUGUGCCGAAAAAGUUAUCUUGACACCUGCAAAAAAAAAAUGGAACAGGGUAACUAUCCCUAGCAGAUUAGGCCCAUGCUUUAGCAAUGUAUAUCAAAAAAGCUAAAUAGAAAAAGAGGAAGGGGAGUAUAAGGAAAAACUGAGGAAGAUGCCUGGCUCCUAUACAAGAGUUGUAAUUCUCCUCUUGUUAGGGACAUCUGUGUCAGUAUCCGGUACUUCGGAUGCUGCCAAGUCUCUGAGAGCGGCGAAGGCCAGGCUUAGAUCAUCUUACGCGUCGUGGCGGAUAGUAGUAUGUUUAACACAGCCUCAGACCCCUUUCAAGGCAGACGUGCAGAAAGCAUGGGAGGAAGCGAGAUUGGAAUCUUUUCACGCAGACAUGGAUGUGUCAUAUAUAGAAACAAGGAUGGCACCCAUGACAGAUUCCUUGUUAUAUCCCUUGUCAGUGUUAAACAAAUUUUGUACAGACAUCGAAGGCGGAAAGACAGUAUUAAGCCUUAUUAUAGGGGGAGGAUCGGCAGCCAGAUUUCUCGUUACGGCUGCCGCUGCCUUGAAUCUUCCAGCUCUGUGGUUACCGUUUACGCACAGAGACUUUCUUCGCCAGGGAAAUGUUGGCCGGUUUGAGAGCCGCAUAGGUUCGAGCCCUAAAGAGGUCGGAGCGGCAGCUGCCGCCUUAAUGCAUCGGGCUAACUGGCAUGCGUUCACCCUUCUUAUUGACACUACUCUCCUUUCCGUCACUCAUCUUCUACAAACGAAUCAGCCGACAUUGACACUUCGCGCGGUUAUACAUCUACCGACGAACGAUAGAACAUUGAGAUUGAGGCUGAGACGAGUAGCCGAGGAGAACGGCAGCGGUGGGGUUGUAGUGAUGGCUUGCGACCUGAGCAACGCCCGGAAAAUCCUUGGUGCGGCCGGCAGGUUCGAGAUGCUCUCGGGCAGAUUUUUAUGGCUCUGGUUGGAUCUCAAAGCAGAGUUACGACCGAACGAGCCCAAUAUUAUCAGUUCGCAUCUCGUUCAUGGUUCGCGUUUUGCUGUUGCGGCCAAUGACAAUUCACCAUUGUUAGAUCGAGCGACGAAUCUCGCGUCCGAGGAUAAGCCACCGCUACAACCGCUGAACCCCCUACCGAGUUUGGCUAACGACAUACAUCGACUACAAGAAUAUAGGUGGCAAGACGAGAAAAUCUUGACUAAAAGAGAGGACAAGGGAUUUAAUUUUGACGACGAGGAAGAUGUCGUGAGACUCGCGAGUGAUAAGGAGCUUAAUUCCAAAAAUUUCAUGCCAAUUGGGAUGCUGGCGCUCAGACCGUCCGGCAUUAAGAUUAUGAGCGGCGAUACCAUAUUGUCCAGAAUGUUGCGAGAAACCUCGCAAGCAUUAGAUGAGACAUUUCUGGAAACAAAGACGAGAUUGAGUCGUAUGCGUGACCUGCAGCUCAAAGAGCACUUCGUCCCGGAAUGCUUCCCGGAUCGUAAUGCUAAGUUUAUGACGAGCGACGUAAGGGAGAACGUAUCCGUGACUUUGACGAACAAACUGAGGAAAUACAUGGGACAGAUCUCCAGGGAUAAGGCAGAGUUCCAGUUGCUGAAUUUGCAAGCCAUCAGGUUUCCAGGGAAUAAGACUCAAUUGAGGUGGACCAAGGUCGGCACUAUCAAGGGAGGCAGGGAGGUCCGUUUAGAUACUAUAAUCUGGCCAGGGGGCGGCAUUAUGCCGGCAUAUCUCGAGCAGGGUGGCGAGAAGAUCGGGAUGCCAAUUUAUCGUAUCGUGACCGCGAUGGCGUCGCCGUUCACCAUGGUCACGAAUUUGCACGAGGGUUUCUGUGGCGGUCUCACCUGCCAGCAGGGUAACACCAUGGUGUGUUGCUACGGUCUUAGUAUGGACCUGCUGACUUUGAUGGCGCGUGAACUUGGGUUCCGUUUUAAUCUGUACCUGGUGGAGGACGGGCUGUUUGGCAAACAGAACAACCGGAACGGCACUUGGAACGGCGUGAUAGGCGAGCUGGUGUCCAACCGGGCGCAAAUGGCGUUUGCGGCCUUGAGCGUGUCCACCAAUCGUGCCAAGUUCGUGGACUUUACCACGCCGUAUUACUUCAGUGGAGUGAGCUUCCUUACGGCGCCACAGCUACGUUCUGAGAUACCGCUGUUUGCGUUCUUGUUCCCAUUCAGCACGGAGUUGUGGAUUGCCGUGUUCACAUCGCUGAACCUCACCGCAAUUGCCGUCGCGCUUUACGAAUGGUUCAGCCCGUUCGGCCUGAAUCCCUGGGGUAGGCAGCGCAGCAAGAACUUUUCCAUUGCCUCCGCGCUGUGGGUGAUGUGGGGCCUCCUGUGCGGUCACCUGGUGGCCUUCAAGGCGCCAAAGUCUUGGCCUAACAAGUUCCUUAUCAACAUUUGGGGCGGCUUCUCCGUUAUCUUUGUGGCCUCGUACACAGCUAACAUAGCCGCCCUUAUUGCCGGUCUCUUUUUUCAUUCUGCAGUGAGCAAUUAUCAUGAUAAAAGCCUGUUGUCACAGAGAGUUGGUGCGCCCAGAGCUUCCGCGGCUGAUUAUUACGUGCAAAAAGCAAAUCCGCAAUUAUGGUCUCACAUGGCUCGAUAUUCUUUGUCGGAUGUUGCUGAGGGCGUGGAAAGAUUAAGAAACGGUACCCUCGAUAUCCUGAUCGCGGACACGCCAAUUCUGGAUUAUUACCGAGCGACCGAUAACGGUUGUCGCUUGCAGAAGAUUGGUGAUACCAUCAACGAGGACACUUAUGCAAUCGCGCUUACGAGAGGACAUCCUCUGAAGGAGAGCAUAUCCAAAGUUAUAGCGAAUUACACGAGCAACGGGGUGCUCGACAUGCUGCAGGAAAAAUGGUAUGGCGAUCUACCUUGUCUAAACGGUCGACUAGGGAUGGACGCGGCGUUUGAUGCCGAGCCUGGCGGUCAACCCAGGCCGCUGGGAGUCGCGUCCGUUGCCGGGGUGUUCUGCCUGCUCGGAAUGGGUGUGGUGCUCGGAACCAUUAUACUGGUGGGAGAACAUCUCUUCUACAAGUACACGUUACCACGAUUGCGGCGCAAACCGGAGGAUUCCAUUUGGCGUAGCCGCAACGUCAUGUUCUUUUCGCAGAAGCUGUACAGAUUUAUCAACUGCGUGGAGCUGGUCUCGCCGCAUCAUGCCGCCCGCGAAUUGGUGCACACUGUGCGACAGGGCCAGAUCGCCUCGCUUUUCCAGAAGAGCGUUAAACGAAAGGAACAUGAACAACGUCGUAGACGUAAGAGCAAAGCGCAGUUCUUCGAGAUGAUUCAAGAAAUUCGAAGAGUACAACAAGAGGAGAAAAUUGAGGCGGUAAAGGAGGAGUCUGAUACCACCAAGACAAUGAAAAAAGACGAGAAACUAGGCAAAGGUAGAGAAAGGAGUCGCAGCAAGAGUCCGUUGAUGCCUCGAAGUCCCAAGCGAUCGGAGAAGAGCAGGAGCUCGACAAACCUGUCAGGGUCCCGCCUGGGAUUGUCGCCGGUGAGUCUCGACGCACCGAUGAAGCCGCGCGAGUUUACGCUCAGCAACACCAAUUUGCGCGCGAGAAGCCCGCUAGAGACAGUAGGCCGUAGAUUGAGCCACGGGGACGGUGGCUCACCGCCGCCGCGUCUCGGUUCUAGCUUUGGCGGCAGUGCCACAUUGCGCCCGUUAGCACCUGCCAGAAGCGAUUCGACUAGUGGUGUUGUCACGCCGACCGUUCGUCGUGAUUCCGCCGCCGGGGGCGGCGGUGUGCCGACGCCGAGAUAUUCUCGUAGUCCGGCAAAGCGAGGUCAAUCCUUCCCAGUGUUCGCCACUCUGAGACCGCCGCACUCGGCUGGCUACCAGGCGUCGAGGAGCCCGCUGUUGUCGCCGAACAGCGAGCUGACAUCUGCUAUCGGAAGGAAACUGUCGCGCGAGUGGGGGUCCGGGACUAUCGACCUCACUAGGUCGUCGGAGGCUAUAGGCAGCGGUAGUGGCGGCGGCGGGGGUGGUAGUAGUGGUGGUGGUGCUGGUGGUGGUGGUCGUGGUUCAACGUAUACCCUGAAUCAGGAAAUGACGCUUUCCUUGAGUCGUUCCACGGGCGAGGAGAAAGAGGCUCGAGAGGAAACGUUGCCAAUCAAGAAACCUAUACGGCGUGCUAGAAGCCAUGAGAAUCGCGACAGUGGUAAGCUGAUGGCGGACCUACCGUCGCCGAGAUUGACUCAGCCGGUGGUGGGCGGCCAAUUUGUCAGCGAGCGAACCAAGAAGCAGCUGGAUUCUGAGCUGAAGGCCAUUUUAACUGCCAGGGCUCACCACCGCGAUCUGCAUCCCCCUUGAUAGGAGACCGCCCCGUACUAAGUAAGGGAGAGUUCUUGAAAGCAGUUUGGCUUUUGGAGGAUCGCUGAGCCUUUGAGGGGCUUUGAUUGAUUUUAAGCAAUAUCAGAUUUAUAGGUCAAUUUGUUAGAAAAAUCAGACAGUUUAUCAGAGAAAUUAAGAAAUAGCCAGAAAUAGGCGGCGACGCGGGUAAACGAAAAGAAUUUUCGGCUAUUGGAAUGGGGGGAAGGAUGGGAUAAGAAAGACAGAGAAAGGAUCUCUUUGAUUGUUCAUACGUUGUUACGUACAUUGAUAAUAUAGGAUAAACAAAAGUGCUAUAAACUCUAGUAGUGAUGUCUUAAAUAGGUAGCGAGACACAUAUGAGUACUAAGAUAUUUUCUUGUUGACAUUUUAACUCUACAUUAACCGGCAGCCUGGGUGAGUCUCUCUCGAUUGCUAUGGUAUCAGAUAUUGUAUUGCUGCAGCGUUUCUCAACUCCGACGAAUUCCUUCGUCACGAUCAGCAUUAGCACGUAGUGUGGAUAAAGCUUUUUGAAAUUUAUCGGUUCUCAAACCAGUUUACGCAAAAAAGGCAAAAAAGAAAAAAAAAACGUUCGCCAAGUCAAGUCUGUCCAAGUUUAUCGAGCGGGUCUCCAUCCGCAAUCGUUCGCACCACUGACUCCUAGCGACGGCGAUCGAUUAGCCGCACACCCAGCGCACGAAUACAACGAAUACUACGCGAUGAUUUAUGGACGCAGCAUCGGGCAUCUAUUCCCAUUUAUCUCCGUUUCUUUCCCCGCGGCGGUGACGAUGGCGGGGAGAUGGGGGCGUUUCGCUCGCGAACAAAAACUCGGACAGGCUACAUUUCUAGAUAAUCGUUCCCUUGGGGGCGCAAUGUAAAUAUCUCGAGACACAGACUGUCACUUCUUCGAUUUCUCGUCUCUGUACGAAUAUUGUAAAUACAAUGGAACUCUUAUUCGACGGAUACUCCGCCAUAGGCAAGCGCGAAAGUUGAGGAACGCUGACUCUAUCGAACCUCGUCGAAUAUUGGACUGCAUACUGCCACUACUUUAAUAAUUUCUGUGACUGCGGAAGGAGAGAGACUCGCUCGAUGGACUCUCGGCGUAGAAUGACCACUUACCGCGAGAUAAUAUGCAUUAAAUCUUAUAAUUAUCGCGCCAAGAGGAGGGGAAGAAUUCUAGCAGGAGGCUGACGGAAUUCUAAUCGACAUAACGGGUUAUUUGAUACCGGAGAUCGGGCCCGGCAAGGAAGGACUGAUGAAAGGAAGAUGAAUAUUACUUAAACAGAAGGAUCUUCUUUCUCGCAGCCACGUCGUGGAUUCCACAACGCGACGUCUCGCAAUAUUAUCUCCAAUAAGGCAGUACCAAACGUCAGUAUUAAAUAUUUCGCGAUUCGACUUCGACUGUUUGCUCUCUCAAUGCUCCGAUGUGUAAUAGAAUGUAUGUUUUAGCUAGAUAAGCGCGCGCCGGGGUCCGGUAUCACGCGAUGUACUUGCUCGUUCGUUCGUUCGCGACCGCGCGACUUGGUAAACCUCCGACCUCGCCCGCGAGCUGACGAGUUUACCGAUUCCUUCCGACGGUUUUACUACUAGACUGAUAGGAUCGAAAUUUCUCAUUCAGGAAUUGUAAAUUGAAACAUUAAUCGGAAUUGAAUAAUUGUUACUGAUCGAUGUGCAUGUCUCCCAUCUUCGUCUAUCGAAUUCUUUCGAUUCACUUGAUGAAAAAGGGGGCGAAACACACUCACAUCUAGUCUCAUUAUUAUUCAACUUAGGCAAGUAGAAUGUGGAUGUGCGCGGGACUAAAAAGAUAAAAGGAAAGAAAAGGAGGAGCAGGAAGAGGAGGAGGAAGACGAGAUUCGAAAUUAAAUUACUUUAAAGAGAACGGGAAGAGAUUCGUAUGAGCGAGGCCUUAGAGGAGUAGUCGUAUCCGCCCAAAAAAAAGAUACUUUACUUAAAACUAGUACUGUACUGUACUCGAAUAUUUCACUACGUUAUAUUGUACGAUAGAGAUAUAUAAUAGACAUUUAGUUUCAUAGCUCUCCUCGGUAGAAACGCUAUAUUGUAUUCAGAAAAGAAAAACUUAAAAACUAAAUUCCUCGUCGAGUCCUUAGUAGGGUAGAUCUCUCCGUGUGUGAGUGUAUGUGCGAUUAUUUUUUUCCCCACCAGGAAACGCGCGGCGGCGAGUCGCUGUCGACCGUUGCCGCCGCCGCUGCCGCGGGGGUGGACUACACUUUUCCAGUAGAGCUAGAGCGUCAUUGUCCUCGUUAAGUAGGUCGUGGCUAGGUAGUCCCGAGGGUGUUUCCCUCGGUUUCCCGCGUGCGUCAGCGCGACGCGCCCCGACGCGAUGCCGCGUCGCGCUGAAGCCGCGCGCUACGAAAUCGAUGAAAGUGUCCUGAAUGAUCGCACCCAUGCGAGGGAGUCACCGCACCCGGGUACGCGGAGUUCCAGGUUUAAGAAGUGACGCGUUGCCACUUUAUCGUUUAUCUUGCUUUUCUAUCUGUAACGGUAACGAAUUCAGCCAUUACUUUUAUCGUUACUUUGGUAUUACCCUUGUGCCUAUUUAAUAGAUUUGCACACUUUUUCAGAGCGCAAGUACAAUCGGCAUGCCAGAUGCAAUGAUUGCGUAUAUCAAAUGCAAUUGUAAAUUUUAUUUUAUUUUUUUAAAUAUUUUAUAUAUUUUGAAUAUUGUGAAAAAUAUUGUGCACAUUUCAGACCUUAAGUCACAAUCCAAUAAUCAUUGCCAUUAUUGUCAAUACUAAAAGUCUAUGGUAAAAGUAUUUUGUUACCGUUACUAAUUUUAAAACGUGUUAUCGUUAUUUUUUACUUUUUUGUAAUGGUACUAGUAAGGUAUUAGAUUUUAAAGUUACAGCAUUUAAAAAUUGUUAUUGAAAAUUAAAACUCCAAACUAUAUAGCAAGCUUUUUUUUAUACGUAAUGUAUAUGUGUAUGUAAUGUGAAGUAGAAAUCCUCAAGUAAAAGAAGUCACUGUUUAACUUUUGAAAGAAUCUAUUUUUAAUUUUCAGAAAAAUGCAUCUAUCUCAUUCUAUCUUAAGCGUUUGUCCAUAUUUAGGACGCGGUGUACAAACUUUUACUUGAGGAUCUCUAGUACCAACUAUAGAUUUUCAGUGCUGGCAGUGAAUAUUAGAAUUCUUAAUAAUGACGUUAGUGUUAAGAAAAUGUUUAAUAAAAAUUAUUGAUAAAAUUUGUGCGUUUGUAAAUUGCAAUCUAAAUUUCUAUAAAAAUAUAAGAGUAUAUUAAAAGAUAUAUAAAAAUAUUAUAAUGUAAUGAAAAAUUAGAAGAAUUGUUAGAUGAAUUUAAUAUAAAGAAAGGCUUGAUAAUUAUACCUUGGAGUUUUAAGUUUUAAUAUUGAUUUUUAAAUAAUAUAACUUAUUAAACGUCUUCUACUUUACAAAAAAAGUAACGAAAAAGUAACGGCAAGGAUAACGCGUAACUUUCUUAAAGUAACGUUCCCACACCCUUAGAUACACAUGCAUGCAUCACGCACGCAAAACGUGGCACGCACCACGCGUCGCGCGUCUCGCCUACAUUUUUCAAAGACACGUGGUGUUUCUGCGAACGCUCAGCUCGCCCGCUUCUCUCAUCAACCCCCCAAAAAACACUUGCUCGUCUCCGUCACAUCCCCUUCCCCCCGUGAUUGCUAGGACUUCUAGCUUGCCGAAGGCGAAGUUAGAACGGACCUUUCACGAAAACUGCAGACUAUACAAGGCGUAAUCUGUGCUGCAAUUAAUUCAGGAAGUGAUCAAAAUACAAACAUAUAGGGGGCCAGUCUAGAGUCACCCGCGCCUAAAGAAAUCAAAGAUAGACUUAUUAAUUUAUAUAAGCUGUAUAAUUCUCCUCGUAUAACGUGUGGGUUCUGCCAGUAAUUUGGUUCAGUAGGGCUCUCUCUCUCUCUCUCCCCUUCUCCAUUUUCCUUUCAUCUUCGAUCUUCGUUUUCCCGUCACGUUGUUCCAUUCUCACGAGCCGGGGAAACCCUUUUUCCUAUCUGCUCGGUGUACGCCUCUCGAGGAUUCCUUGUACAUAAUCUGUCCUCUACUAGAGAUACCCCUGAAGGAACACUAUUGCACUGAAUUAAAGGUCGAGCCCCCCUACUUCUUUGUGCGCCAACAAGAGCCUGUGUUAGACGUCACACGCACGGAAAGAUAAGAGCAAAAUGCACUUAUCUCGUUGUCGUCGUCGUCGUCCUCGCGAGAGAGCGACCUCCUUCCGAGCACGCCAUUUUCCGAGGCACGAUUGCAAUAACCCUGUCGCGAUAACGACGAACGAGGAGCGGGAUUGGGAUUUGCAAUUCUAAAUCUGUAAUCUCGGCGUAACGAUUCUCAGAGAAAGGGAGAAACGGGGAAGAGAUGUACACAGACGAUAUACGCAGAAUCUCAAAAUAAUUUCCGAAAAAAUUUCCGUCGCUCUAAAUAAAUAAAUAUUGGUAUCUGCGCUCUCUCGUUCGAUACUUAACGAGUAUUAUAUUCUUCGAGGGUUGAUCUCAUUGCAAUAUAUAAUAUAUUGCUGUACUCUCUUAUCAAUAUAUAUAUAUAUAUAUAUAUAUAUUUAUUUAUUUAUUUCCAUGUACAAAUACAUAUGUAUCUGAAAUUGCCGGCCUAUAACGAUACACUCGUGGAGACAUUCCACGCAUUUUUUUUCUCCGCGAUACACGAGCCGAGAUCGCGUAGAGUGCACUCUCGCUCUUCUCUUUCCAAACGCGGGUAUUAUGUGCAAUCACCUUAAAUGCAAUCAUCUACGCGAGGAAAAGAAAAGGAAUCGCCAAGCUGGACUUAGGUAGACGACGAGCGAGGACAGGAGGAGAAAAGAAAGAAAAAAAAAAAAAGAAAAACGAGAAGCACAAGCGAACACACCAAUUAAAAGCAAAAGGAGAUUCCGUAGGUUCCGAGAAACGCGGAUCGAGUUAUCGGAUCAUACGAUUGAUUCGCUUUCAUUAUCAUUAUACAUCGCGUUGAUUGAUGGCAUCAUGUAUUAAUUCACUCACUGACGGGCAAUAAGAUUAUUCUACAAAGCACUGCCAUAAUUUGAACUGUUAUUUGAACGUUAAUUUUCGAAUCCUGCCAAGUAAUACCACUAUUUGAUAUCGUCGAAACGAAGAAAAAAAAACCGAGUCCUACUCCCUGCUGAGUGAUGAAUUAAUAUUGCAAAAUGUAUGAUGCACAGUCCGCUGUCCAGCGUCUACUUUCGCGAAGCGAUAUUUCGAUCUUACGAUUUUUUAAUAACCGACACAACUUUCUUCUUUCUUAUUCUCUCCGCAGACAGCCAGAUCUGUCCGAGGCAGAGUUUGGCAAGGUGUCUGCUACAAAUCUUGUCGGCGGAAUGCCAGCGGAAAGAAAAUGGAAUUUGCUAAUGGAAUGCGUUGGCGGAUUGUCAGCAGAAAACCGCUAUCUCGCUAUUAUUUAAUUGCUAUACGUUCCACGAUACACAUUGUUAAAUGGUACAUCUCACUGAAUUGAAUUUGUUCCAGUUAAAUGAAAUUGCGAAAGGACGGAUUUUGCUCGAUUUUCACUGGCGACCUACCACCAAAUGCAGACUCCGCAUAUUGAUUUGUCGCAACGUUCUGCUGACAAACUGCUAGCGUGUCGCUAACGUUUUGCUUACUUGGAGCAAUGAAAGUGUUACGUUGUAAGAUUCCAAUUAUUUUUUUCGUGCUCCUUAACGCGUCAACGCACAAUCGCUCGACGAGAAAAUAUUUCGAGAAGUCUUUCGGAGACGAGAGCAAUUCUCCACUUCUUAGCCACAGGUUUUUUCCCCUUUCCGCAGUAUUGCGACAUCUUGAUUUGUCACUUGGUAAGGAGGGAUCGGCUAUAAGCGUAUAAUGUAACGCGUUAGACUGUACGGAAUAAUUAAUCGUAAGAGAGAGAUUAACAUAGCAUGUGGCUCUUCCGUUCGUAUAACUCUGCAAAAUAAAGAGAGAAAAAAAGAAAGAAAAAACAUGGGUUACCGUGGCGUAAACCUCGUUUCUCAACGCUGCACAUUUUAUUAAACGCGAACGCGCGCGCAUUAGGCGACAUUUUAAUCCUCGAACGCUCGUGUUUGCCCAGCUCGUUCUUAUUAGCUCAUUACUUGAUAUAUAUAAAUAUAUUCAUUACUACUCCUUCCCUCUUUGUGCAUUUAGUAACUGAUGUUACGGCUUUACGCACAGAAGCAGAGACCUGGCGAAGAAAAAAAAAGGUACGAAGAAAAGAAAAAAAAAGAGAACAAAUGGAAAACGGGAGACUUCCAAUUUUUAUCCGUCGCGUUCGCGUUACGGAUCAACUUGAAGUAUUAAACACGAUAAGACUGCGUCCUUCGCGAUAACGAAUUGCUCGAGGAUUAAAUGAGCGCGCCAAGAUUUUACAUACGCGGCAAAGACGGAGAGAUCACGCUCUCCCCCCUCACCCCUCUCACCCCUCGACGAUUAGCGAUACCGAUAGCUCGGCGUCGAUAUAAGCACAAACGAAACAAACACACGAUGACGAACGAAGGAAUAAGACGCCACGAGGAUCCCUUCCAACCGCGGUGACUUGUUGGCGUACGACAUUAGGAUAGGUUCCUCGUAACCUACCUCGUCUCUCUUGUUACGCCUACUGCUACACUGUUAUUGUUGAUGAGAAAACUCCAUAUUAAUAAGAAAUAAAUAUAUUAUCUCAAAA